AUGAAAAUUACAAGUAUACUAUUCAUUGCUUUAUCGCUUUUACUAGUAAGUACUCGAGCGGACAUUAAACGAGAGUGUCGUCAGCAAACGAAUGUUUCUUGGGCAUCCUUAAAGCAAUUUAAGGCCGGUAACAUUGAACAAAAUGAUAUAAAAUUGAAAUGUUAUUUGAGAUGCUUUCUGAUAAAAAGUGGUGUUCUUAGUGAGAAUAACGAUGUAGAUGUUGAAAAAAUUCUACGUUAUCUUCCGUACAGUAUGCAAGAAUCAUCGAAAAAGAUUCUUAAUCAAUGUAAAUCUAUUCAAGGAGAGAAUGUUUGCGAUAAAGCUUUUCAAAUAGCUGUAUGUUACAUUAAAGCGCAACCUCAAGCAAAGAAAAAAAGGCAUACGGAGGAUGUUGUGGUGCCAAAUGUUGCUCAGGUACAAAAGAAGAACAUGGCGGAUGUUGUAGCGAUCCCACUAAGGAUGAAAAGAGUUGCUGUCCAGCGGAAAAAUAAUCUAUCGACGCAAUGA